UGUCUGGAGUUUGGCGACGGCUCGGUGACGGGGGACAUGUGCGAGGACCUGUGUGUGCUCAGCUUGGUCGAGUACAAGCGCUGCCUCUACUACGAGAACGGGAAGAAGGUGAUCGAGGCUCGGUGGAGAGGAAAACCCAUCAUCCUGAAGUCCAAGCUGGAGAACUUCUCCUCCUAUGAGCCUCUGGGAAUCCUGGACUACCAGGACACAGCAGAGGAGCUCUCCCCUCUCGAUGUGGUUUUCUACGCCACUCUGGAAGUACGGAACUCGCUGGGGCUGGCUGAAGAAGACGAGGAUGAGGAAGGAGGAGGAGGGGGUAACAGCUCUCUGGCCAAACUCUGGGGGAAGAAGCUGAAGAACCAGGACAAGAGUUUCUCCAGAGCGGAGCUGGCGUCCCUGUGGUCCCUGCUGCAGCAGGAGGAGUACACCUUCCUCAGAGUCCUGCAGGACCUCAGCGUCCACGUGGCGAAGGUUCUGGGGUCCUGCGGUCAUUUCUACGCCGUGGAGUUCCUGUCUGCCGGACACGCCUGGGACCAGAACAUCUUUUCCCUGGAGGACGUCUCUGGGCUGCAGGGUCAGGACCAAGGCGGAGCCCGCGGGAGGUGGACGGCCCGGGAGAUGGUGCAUCGCAUCGCGCUGAGUUUUCUGGACAUGGUUUGGCACUUUGACAACGACUUCACCCACAAACUGCACCUGUGUGACAUCAAACCGGAGAACUUUGCCAUCAGGACGGACCUGACGGUUGUGGCGAUUGACGUGGACAUGGCGUUCUUUGAGCCCAAAAUGAGGGACAUCCUGGACCAGAACUGCAGCAGUGACGACGACUGCAACUUCUUCGACUGUUCGUCCAGAUGCAUCCUGAGCAAACGCAAGUGCAGCCCCCGACGCCGCAACAGCAACCUGCAGGUGAUAUGUGAGAAGAUCUUCAGACCCUGGUUUUCUCCGACUCUGCUCGGGGCCAAAGCAGGGCUCCCCCUGCAGGUGGAGCUGCAGCGAGCUGUGCAGGAGUGUUCGGAAACAGACGGAGGUUUGGAGGAAAAAGAAGAGGAUGCAGCAGGAGGAGCAGAAGGAGGCGGCAGAGACGUCCACCAGCGUCUCCUCAAAGUCCUGACCCGCCUCCUCCAUGAUGGAGGGGCUUCAGGUGAGCGAGGAGGAGCGCAGGAAGAGAAAGAUCACACAGCACUGAACUUCUGAGGAGGUGGAGGAGAUCAGAAAGUCUCACGGUGGAAUCUAGGGAACCUGCAGGAGAACCCAACACACAAGACAGAGCUGGUGUCCCUCAGGCCUUUUCUGGACAUUAUGUCCUCUAACAUUUGGACACUUGACUCGUCUCUGAGGUCUUUGAGACUCUAGUUCUCUGAGAAGAAUCAGGAGACUUGAGUUUGGAUCUGGACCAGACACAGUCUGAGGCUCAUGUGAUCUCACACACGCUCCCGUCUCUUCACGCUGCAGGUUCUGGAUGUCCACAUACUCUGUGUCCGUCUCUUGGACGUAUGCACCGCACAAUAAACUAGAUUUUGUUUUCCAGAUUUCCUCCCAGUGAAUCUGGAACUAUGCUCCUGGGCCUGGACGCUGGGACCUGAUCAGGAACUUACAGUGGAUCCUGGGUUUGUUCUUGUUUUACUGAACCAGUUGGUCUCAGAUUCAAUAAAACGUGACACACGA